AUGUCAGUCACUGACUCGGGUAGACGUCCACCUCACCUCCCUCAGCAAACAGACCGCAACGUCACCGAUGUUCAGGUGACACCUGGACAGCACAGGUGGUCCUCUAUAUGGAAGGAAGCGCGGGUUGUACCAGCACACAAGAAGAACUCAGAGUCUGAGCCCAGAAACUACAGACCCAUCUCGCUGUUCUCCGUGGUGGGCAAGUUGCUGGAACAGGUGGUGGCAGGUGUCAUCUGUCAUCACCUGGGUGAGCACCAUCUCCUCUCAGACAAGCAGUUCGGCUUCCGGCCUGGCCGCUCAACAGCGGACCUCCUUAUCCUCCUCUCCCAAGGCUGGCAGGAUGCCCUGGACGAAGGCCUGGAUACUCUUGUGGGUUCAGUGUUGGGACCGAUCCUGUGGAACAUAAACAUCGAUGACCUCCUGCGGCAAAUACCGACUCUGCUUGCAUACGCCGACGACUGCAGUCUCUCCCGCUCCUACUGCCGCUCCGACAGUCAGUGA